AUGAAACCAAAUCAAAUACCCAUCACACACUAGUUCGUGUGACGAGGGACUAAUUCGGGGACAGUCAAAGGUAUCAAAAUCUGUUAUGGCUCCGAGAAUCCUACUCUGCGGCGACGUUAACGGCCGUCUUAACCAGCUCUUCAAGCGCGUCUCAUCGGUGAACAAAUCCGCGGGCCCAUUCGACGCACUCUUAUGCGUUGGCCAGUUCUUCCCUGACUCUCCGGACCUGCUUGAUGACUUCACGGCAUACAUUGAAGGUGGUGGAUCCCACAUUCCCCUCCCUACUUACUUCAUCGGCGAUUACGGCGUCGCCGCCCCCAAAUUUUUGUUGGCGGCUUCUAAGGACUCCGUCAACUGUGGUUUCAAGAUGGAUGGGUUAAGGGUUUGCGAUAAUUUGUUUUGGUUGAAAGGCAGUGGAAAAUUCAACCUCUUCGGGUUAUCUGUCACCUAUUUAUCUGGUAGGAAAUCGUCAACUGGUCAGCAGUUUGGAACUUACAGUGAAGACGAUGCUGAUGCUUUGCGUGCGAUAGCUGAGGAAUCUGGAGUUGUUGAUCUGUUCUUGACUAACGAGUGGCCAAGUGGGGUCACAAAUGGAGUAGCUGCUUCAGACAUUCCUGCCGGAUUCUCAGAUUCUACAGGCAGCGAUUCAACCAUAUCAGAGUUAGUGCAAGAGAUUAAACCACGUUAUCAUAUUGCAGGUUCUAAAGGUAUAUACUAUGCCCGUGAACCAUAUUCAAAUGUUGAUGCCGUGCACGUUACUCGUUUCAUAGGGCUUGCGUCUGUUGGAAAUAAAGAUAAGCAGAAAUUUAUUCAUGCGAUUUCUCCAACACCUGCAUCUACCAUGUCUUCAACCGAGAUUGCCAUGAAAACCACCAAUACCACCUUAUCACCAUACACAUUUGCGGGGGGAAAAGCUUCUCCGAAGGAUACGGUAAAGAGAUCCAGUGACGGUAUCUCUGAUUCUCAACAUUGGAGAUAUGAUGUUCCACAAAAGCGACAGAAACAUGAAGCUGGAGACAAGUUGUGUUUCAAAUUUGUCUCUUCCGGCUCUUGUCAAUGGGGAGAGACAUGUAAUUUUCGACAUGACACAGAUGCAAGGGAGCACUGUCUGAGAGGUGUUUGUUUUGAUUUUCUGAACAAGGGAAAAUGUGAAAGGGGCCCAGACUGCCGCUUUAGACACAGCUUGCAGGAUGAAGGUGAUAAGUUUCCUUCUAGGAAGCCUGGAUCAGAAAAUACAAGGUCUAGCAGAUCAAGAGACUGUUGGUUUUGCCUGUCAAGUCCCAGUGUGGAGUCGCAUUUAAUCAUAAGCAUUGGGGAAAAUUCUUAUCUAGCAUUGGCUAAAGGACCACUCGUUGAAGACCAUGUGCUUAUAGUACCAGUUGAGCACAUGCCAAAUACCUUAUCUCUUUCUUCUGAAUCUGACGUUGAGCUCUUAAAGUUGCAGAACAGUCUCAAGAGAUAUUGCAAGAACCAAGAAAAGGAAGUCAUUUUUUUUGAGUGGGCUUCCAUACGUGGAACUCAUGCCAAUCUUCAGGCCAUUCCCAUUCCAUUUUCCAAAGCAGUUAUGGUUGAAAAAGCAUUCAAUUUAGCUGCAGAGAAGUUGGGAUUUAAAUUUGAGGAAAAGAAAUUCGACAGCAUUUCUGAUGGAAGAAAGUUUUUGAAGACCCAAAUUGAUGGGAAUUCAAGCUUGUUCUAUGCUGAAAUCCCAGGAGGCACAAUUCUGCUGCACCAUGUUGAGGAGAAAGACACUUUUCCCGCCCAAUUUGGACGCGAGGUUCUGGCAGGGUUGCUUAAUAUGGCAGAUAACGCCAAUUGGAGGAAUCACAAACAUAACAAAGAUGAAGAGAUGAAAAUCGUUGAAGAUUUCAAGGACCGAUUUGAAGAAUAUGAUCCAAACCGUUGAUUGUUCAUACAUUAAAUUCUCAAUUUACAAUGAUGCCAUGAUGAUUAUGCUGACUCGUUCGCACAAGAUUUCAAACUGAGAGGUGUUCAUUUAAUUUUUCAAUAAACACUUUCUGUUUAUUGGUUAUUUGAACCAGCUGAUUUUACAUGAUUUAACCUCAUGGAUUGGUGCUUAGGAUGCGACUUGGUAGUCCUACAGGAUCUCAUCACUUUUAUCAGCUGUUCCUACGGUGAGCUUCAUUUUCCUUUCAUAUGGACUUCUUGAAGCUUGUGUCUCUAAGUCUGAAUUGGCAACUUUUGUGAGACUAUGUAUGCACACUGUAUAGACAACUCAACCUUGGUAUUGUCAUUCUACAUAUUUUCCAGGCGGUGAAUGGCCAAGCUUAAGUGGUUGUACCCUAUCUCCUAGGUUUAUGCAUUGGUCAACAAGCAGCUGCCGCAUUUAUGUUUUGUAACUGUUGGAUCUGCACCUGCUUUAUGUAAGUUAAGAUAAUAGUUUCGAGAGGCAGGGAGGUUGAGGGUAAGAAUGAAGAUCUGUUUCAACUUUCGCUCGGAAUCAUAUCCUUUUAUUCAAUGUUCAGAUAAAAGAUUUGUACUUGCAUUUGCCUAGAGUGAAUUCCUAUAAUUUGUUCAGAAAUGUAUAUUUUUCUCAAUGGUCGGCUUCAACCUUUCUAUGGAAAGUCAACUCUCGAGACUCUAUUUGUUUUGAUAUUUAUUUUCUUGUUCUUAUGAUUUGAUUCUUCAUUUUCA